AUGUAUUUCAAAUUGAUUCUUGCAAUUUUAGCAAUUGGAGCAUAUUAUGGACAGGUUUGGAAUUUUGGAAAAAAAUUAAAAUAUUUUCAAUUUUUUAGGUUCAAGGAGCAGUUUUACCAGUUUCAUCAACAGAAGUUGCAAUAAUUGAAAAAUCAUUGGAAAGUUCUUCUGAAACAUCAAUUGAUACAUUAGGAAGUUCUCGAGUUAAAAGAAGUGGUUGUGGAUGUGGAUGUGGAUGUUGUUGUUGUAGACCAAAGUAAAUUUAGAAACAACAAAAAACUACAGUAAUCCAAAUAACUUUGUUAUAUUUCAGAUGUUGCUGUUGUUGUCGACGUUGUUGUACUUGUUGUCGAACAUGUUGUUGCACAAGAUGUUGCACUUGUUGUAGACCAUGUUGUUGUGGAUGUGGAUGUGGAUGUGGAGGAGGAUGUGGAGGAGGAUGUGGAUGUUGCGGAGGUAUUGCCACAUUUUUAUUUAACUAAUUUUAUAAUUCCACGUUCAUUUUUGCAGGCUGUGGAUGUUGUGGAUGUGGUGGAGGAGGUCGUAAAAGAAGAUCUCUCCAAAAUUUGAGAAUUGAUUCAGCUAACAAAGCUCUUGGAAUCAAAAGAAGACCAGCUGAAAAAUGUUAG